AUGGGCGACUUUGACGAUGACGAUUUCCGCGACUACGAGAACGAGGAUUUGGGAUUCGACGAGGACGAGCUCAACGACGAUGAGUACGACCAGCUACAGCAGUCGCUUCCCCGUUUGCAAGGCCUGGCCAAGAACUACCAGGUGGACGACAAGACGUUGAAGGAGACUCUGUGGAACAACUACUUUAGCGUCGACGACGCCUUCGAGGAGGUGAAACACAAACCGGUGUCGAAGCUGGAACUUUUGGCACAGCAACGCAGACAACGCACAGGGCUGCGCGGGCUGGGGUCCGGCACGGGUGUUGGACUUCUGGGCCGGCCUGCAGCGACCAGACCCAGAACACAGAAACAGCAAACACAGCCCGACAGACCCAGCCGUGUUGAGGUCCAGGAACAGCCACCCGCACAGCCAGAACAAGAGCAAGAACAAAAGCCCGACCCGUUUGCGGCGCUGUUACAGCCCCUCGUGGCCGCGUCAGAGUUCAGAAUCCUGGCCCCGCGGUCGGCGAACCCGAUCACCUCGCUGUUCCUGGCUCACGUGCAGCUCCCGUCCCACACCGUGCCUGAGAUCAACCUGUAUACUAACAACGAUUUAGCGAAAAAGGCCGCCUCCAACUUUGUCAAGCCGAGUCCAGACGAGCGCAAGGUGCAGAAACUCACCGAGAAAGUCGCUGAUAUCAAGCUCAAGGACCCGAAACCGGUGGCCUCGAAGCCCAAGCAGAAAAUCAACGUGGAUGCCGAGCUGGCCAAGAAAAACUCAAAGCCCAACCUGUCCUUCAUUGUGAUCGGGCACGUUGACUCGGGCAAGUCCACGAUGAUCGGACGGCUGCUGUACGACCUGGGGAUCGUCGAUUCCAAGACUCUGCACAAGCUCACGAAGGAGAGUGACGCCAUCGGCAAGUCGUCGUUCUCUCUGGCCUGGAUCAUGGACCAGACCCAGGAGGAGCGGGCCCGAGGCGUCACGGUGGACAUUUGUCAGACGCAGAUCGAGACCGACGCGGCCAAGUUCACCAUCAUCGACUCGCCGGGCCACAAGGACUACGUUCCGCAGAUGAUCAACGGAGUGAGCCAGGCAGACCUAGCUUUGAUGAUCAUCGACGCCAAUUCGUUUGAGAGCGGGUUCAGCAACCAGGGCCAGACGAAGGAACACCUGACGAUCGCCAAGAACCUCGGCAUCGAGCGGUGUGUUGUUGCCGUGAACAAGAUGGACGUUGCGCAGUGGUCGCAGACGGUUUACGACUCGAUUUGCACCCAGAUUGAGCAGUUUUUGGUGGAGGAGCUGGAGUUUGAGCGGGACAACUUAAUUUUCUUGCCCAGCAGCGGGUUCUUGGGCGACAACGUUGUCUCCAAGAGCAAGAAUCUGCCGUGGUACAAGGGCCCAACACUGAUGGGUGUUUUGGAGCAGGAGAACCGCGAAAUGAGCCAUCCGGUGGACAAGAGCUCGCCGUUCAUCAUGGUGAUUAGCGACAUCCAGGACUCGUCCAAGACGGACGAGCUGCUGGUGAGCGGGCGCGUGAACUCGGGCGUGAUCCAGCCGGGCCAGAGCGUGAGUAUCUCGCCGAGCCAGGAGGUGGCUGUGGUGGACUCGAUUUCGAUCACCACGUCGAACGUCGGGUCGUCGGCCACGAAACACAACCUGCAGAAGAUCGCACAGGCGGGCGAGUUUGUGGAGCUCAAGCUCAAGAAGCUCGCGUCGACCGAGAACAUCAAGGUCGGCGACGUGGCCACGCUGUCGAGCAACGUGUUGCAGCCGGUCAAGAAGUUCAAGUGCGAGGUGCGGCUGUUCAACAUCGACAGACCGCUGCUGGUGGGGACGCCGUUUGUGCUGUUCAAGAACGGGAUCUCUGUGCCGUCGCGGCUGAGCGAGAUCGAAUCGAUCAUCAACAAGGACGGCAAGGCCAAGAAACGGCGGCACCUGAGCUCCAACAACCGGGCCGUGGUGGUGGUGGAGCUGCUGGAACGCGAGCUGCCGCUCGUCACGUACGCUCAGGACCACAAGCUCGGCCGCAUCGUGCUGCGCAAAGACGGACUCAGCAUCGGAGCAGGAAAGAUCUUGCAACUGGUGAAGUUCUGGCCAGACCGUUUGGCGCGCUCGUUGGCCUUGACCAGCUGGGUGUUGCCCAUCUUGAGAUUUGCAACGGUAUCGUCCUGGUGCGACGACAGCACCGAGAUGGAGUCGUUCUGCAGAUGCAAUUGGAGGUUGAUCUCGUUGAUCACCGACGAGAUCUCGAGCAUCGACUGCUCGAUCUGGUUCACCGACUCCAACUGUGCGGAUUUCAGCUCCAGCAAGAUCGAUUCGUUCUCCUGCGACAGCUGCUGGAGCUGCUGUUGGUCGAGGUUCGAGGCCAGCUCCGAGUAUUCUGGCGAGACCGUUUUUUCCACCGCAUCGUGGUCCACAGAGUUGUAA